CAAAAAUUGGAACUCGCAUCCCUGUCUCCGUAUCGCUGUGGCACGUCUCUCCAAACUUAUAACACUUAUAAAAACAGAUUACAGGGGCUCUAACUUAACUUCAGAAACUAACUUUUACUACUUUGAUUUUUCAUUUUUGUACCUGUUUUUCAUCCUUGCGAUCAUAAUUCACCACGCAUCAACAUCUCGCCAUCCUCACUGGUCCUGAUAACUUUAUUCCACACGAAGAAGACACCGGAGCACGUGACAAUUUCCGGAGCUCUUUUUUUGUUCAAUUAAUCUGUUAUUUAUUUGUCCGCGUGGAUUGGCUGUAACUUGGGAGCCGAUCAAUAUGAAAUUGCUCCUGGACUCCUCCUCUUCGCUGCUCUUAUCGCUGCUAUUGGCCCACCUGCCCGUCUUCACGUCCACGUCCCCUGUCCCCCAGCGCAGACCGAGCGAAAUGGAUAAACUCUCGAACCAGACCAAAAACCUCAUGAAACUCACCCAAGAAUUGCUGAGGGAGCACGCCUUUGACUCAGUGGUGGAGCCGCACCGGUUCAGGUCUCUGCCCGAAAUGAGCAACAGAUCAGCCAACGACUUCACCAACCUGGAGCUAAGGCCAACCCUCACUCAGCUGCACGCCGACCUGAAGCUGUACGAGCACCAUUUUGAGUGGCUCAACAGAGUGUCUAAGAAGCACCACCACCCUGCACUGCCCAAACUCAUGGAGAUGAUCAGGGAAAUGAAAUCUCUCAUGAACCUGCUGCAUAGACAGAUGCAGAAAGUUGAGGCACCAAGGCUGACCCCGGCGACCCCGUCUCUCCCCCCUCACCUGCCGUAUCAUUUUGACGUGUUGCAGUCCACCCACGAGCUGCUCCAACACUUUAAACUGUUUUGUGACUGGGCGUACAGAGCCUUUAUCAGUUUAAAACCAAAACUCUCUGCCAAUACCACACAGUCCCAAUGAUGACUCCUCCUCCACUCGUCCAUAGCACAAUGAGUUAAUGCAGCUAACGGGACUCAGGACUGGCCCAAAUUGUACUGUAUAUUGAAGAAUGUCGAAUGGAUGUGCUACACUGUGCUACCAAGUCAGACUCAAACGCACCCGAACUGCCAGUUUAAUCACAGACUUGUUCCUGGAGGCCUUGGGGAUAUUAUUUAUAUAUUUAUUUAUUUAUUUAAUGUUUUAAUCUAAUUUAUUUAAUGUUAUUUAUUGCAUAUUAUUGUAUCGUGUUUCUCUUAUUUCUGGAUUAACGUGAAUUUGGUUACCCACAAUAUUGUUGACAUCUUUACUUUCUUGUUAAUUACAUUUCUAAAAAUUUACUUUUUUCCAGUAGUUGUUGCAAAUUCCCAGCUCCUUUAUUUCUAUUUUAAGAUAAAAAAUGUAUAUUUUAUUUAGUUUUCCCUGUGCCAUAUUUUUAAUAACCUGAUGAUGCAUUUUGAAAUGUAUUUUAUGACUGAGCUGCAUCAUGAAGAAGUGAAUACUGAACUUUGUGGUAGGUUGCAUGAUGUGGCCAGAUGUUGAGCACUGAUGGACCUGGAUUCUUUGCACAAACUUGUUGAGAUUGGCCUUUGGCUGAUUUUUAACCUGUGCUUUGGGGUAGAAAAAGUAUUUUUAUGAUAAAUAUUAAGUACACCCAAAGCCUUAAAAUACUAUGUAUUGUGACACUGUUCUGUACAUAUAUGUACAUGAGUGUAAAAUUGAAAUUGCAUUCAGUGCUUUGUGUAGUAUGUUAUUUUCUACAAUAUCUUGUAGAAUUCUUAUCACUAUAAUUUUGAUUAUUCUUUCCAAGUAUUUGUUACAGUAUUGCUAUUUAUUUGAGAACUUUGGUGGAGCUAUUUAUUUUGACUGCAGUGGAGCGAGUCUCCUGUCCUUUUGUACUUUUAUACAGUUUUUAUUCUUAUUUACUACCAUCCUGUUUAAAUUAUUAUUGUAACAUCAAAUGCCUCUUCCACACACUGAUUGGCCUUAAUGUGAAAUGUGCCUUGCUGAAAUGAAAUAAAUGA